UGCCGCGCGGGCAGCAUGUGGGAGCCGGCGGAGUUCGAGCGGCACUGGCAGGCCGAGUUCCCCGGGGAGCCGGCGCCCCGCAUGCAGCUGGGCUCGGUGCGGGACAUGGAGCUGGAGCUGGAGCGCUGCCGGGGGAACCUGAGGCAGCUGCAGCAGGCGCUGGCCGAGGAGAAGUUCAAAGUCCUUUACUUGGAGACGGCUCUGGCCCGGGAGCCCCCGGCCCCCUCCUCGGACUGGCAGGCAGAGGAGCCGGCCCCCCUCCUGGACGUGCCCCCUGGGAAGCGGAGAGCCGCGGGGCGCGCGGUGCACAACUUGGCCGCAGCCAUCCAGCACCAGCUGCAGCAGCACAAGCCAGCCCCGCGGGCCCGGAGACAAGGCAGGCAGCAGCCCCCCAGGACUGAGCACCCUGUGGGCAGGAGCACCGAGGAGGGCCCAGAUGGCCAGGCCACUGAGCAGGGCAGUGAUGCUCCAGCUGGGCACCCCCCUAGCCAGACCCAUGGCAGCGAGCCCCCCGUGCCCGUGCCCAGGGAGACCCAUGGCAGCGAGCCCCCCGUGCCUGUCUCCAGGGAGGCCCAUGGCACCGAGCCCCCCGUCCCCAGGGAGCCCCAUGGCAGCGAGCCCCCUGUGCCUGUCCCCAGGGAGGCCCAUGGCACCGAGCCCCCCGUCCCCAGGGAGCCCCAUGGCAGCGAGCCCCCGGUGCCUGUCCCCAUGGAGGCCCAUGGCAGCGAGCCCCCCAUGCCCGUCCCCGGGGAGGCCCAUGGCACCGAGCCCCCCACUGGGCACCCCCAUGGCAGUGAGCCCAUCUUUAGGGAGGUCCGUGGCCGGCAGCCCCACGCCAAGAAUAUGCCUGGCCCCAGGGAGGGCAGUGCUGACCAUGAGGAGGUGGAUGUGAGUGAGAAGUUCCUCCUGAACCCCGUCUUCUUAGGCUUCAGGAUCCUCCCCUGGGGGUCCGGGGAGGAGCUGGACAGGCCCCACCGCUGGCUGCCCACCAAAGGGGGCAGGCGGCCCAAGCCCAGCCGGGACCUGGACUCACUGGAUGGGAUGAAUGGGCGCAGCUCCCCUGUGCAGCACGAAGAGCAGCACCCACUGCCCUGGAGACGCAGGCAACACUUGGGUGUGCCUGGCAGAGACUCCUCCAGCUGCAGCUCCCCGGAGAGAGGCAGUGACUGCAGCUACAACAGCUCUGACCACGAGGACGCCUCCUCAGCAGACUUCAACUACGGGGCAGAGGACUACGAUGCCGAGGGGAAUGAGGAGCCCAAGGUGCCGCCGGAGGGCUCGGAGACCAUGCCGUACAUCGACGAGUCACCUACCAUGUCGCCGCAGCUCAGCGCCCGCAGCCAGGACAGCGGGGAUGGCGUCUCACCCACACCCACCGACGGCCUGGGCACUGGGGGCGAGAGGGAUGCUGGGAAGGGGCUGGAGAUGCGGAAGUUGGUGCUAUCAGGCUUCCUGGCCAGUGAGGAGAUCUACAUCAACCAGCUGGAGGCGCUGCUGCUGCCCAUGAAGCCGCUGAAGGCCACAGCCACCACCUCCCAGCCUGUCCUCACCAUCCAGCAGAUCGAGACCAUCUUCUACAAGAUCCAGGACAUCUACGAGAUCCACAAGGAGUUCUAUGACAGCCUCUGCCCCAAGGUGCAGCAGUGGGACAGCAAGGUCACCCUGGGGCACCUCUUCCAGAAACUGGCCAGCCAGCUCGGCGUGUAUAAAGCCUUCUUGGAUAACUACAAGGUGGCGCGGGAGACCGCGGAGAAAUGCAGCCAGAGCAACAACCAGUUCCAGAAAAUCUCGGAGGAGCUGAAAGUGAAGGGCCCCAAGGACUCCAAGGAGAACCACACCUCGGUCACCAUGGAAGCGCUGCUGUACAAGCCCAUCGACCGGGUGACGCGGAGCACCCUGGUACUGCAUGACCUCCUCAAACACACGCCGGCUGACCACCCUGACUACCCACUGCUGCAGGAUGCCCUCCGCAUCUCCCAGAACUUCCUGUCCAGCAUCAAUGAGGACAUCGACCCACGGAGGACAGCAGUCACCACUCCGAAGGGGGAGACGCGGCAGCUGGUGAAGGAUGGCUUCCUGGUGGAGCUGUCCGAGGGCUCACGGAAGCUGCGCCACGUCUUCCUCUUCACCGACGUCCUCCUCUGCGCCAAACUGAAGAAGACGGCCGUGGGGAAGCACCAGCAGUAUGACUGCAAGUGGUAUGUGCCGCUGGCUGACCUGGUGUUCCCGGCCCCCGAGGAGUCGGAGCCCUGCCCACAGGUGCACACCAUCCCCGACCACGAGCUGGAGGACAUGAAGAUGAAGAUCUCAACCAUCAAGAGCGAGGUGCAGAAGGAGAAAGCCGGCAAGGGGCAGAGCCGAGCCAUCGAGCGCCUCAAGAAGAAGAUGUUUGAAAAUGAGUUCUGGCUGCUCCUGAACUCCCCCACCAUCCCCUUCCGCGUCCACAACCGCAACGGGAAGAGCUACCUGUUCCUGCUCUCCUCGGACUACGAGCGGUCGGAGUGGAGGGAGGCCAUCCAGAAGCUGCAGAAGAAGGACCUCCAGGCCUUCGUGCUGAGCUCGGUGGAGCUGCAGGUGCUCACGGGGUCCUGCUUCAAGCUGCGCACUGUCCACAACAUCCCCGUCACCAGCAACAAGGACGAUGACGAAUCCCCGGGACUCUACGGCUUCCUGCAUGUGAUCGUCCACUCUGCCAAGGGAUUCAAACAAUCUGCCAACCUCUACUGCACACUGGAAGUGGACUCCUUCGGGUACUUUGUCAGCAAAGCAAAGACCAGGGUUUUCCGGGACACAACAGAGCCCCAGUGGAACGAGGAGUUCGAGAUCGAGCUGGAGGGCUCGCAGUCCCUACGCAUCCUAUGCUACGAGAAGUGCUACGACAAGACCAAGCUCAACAAGGACAACAACGAGAUUGUGGAUAAGAUCAUGGGCAAGGGGCAGGUCCAGACCGGGGAGGAUUUCUGUCCCACGCUGCAGGGGAGCGGGGAGCCCAAGAUGACGGAGGUCUUAGUGCAGCCGGACUGCAAGCUGAGCUCAGUGUGCGAGCACUUGGACCACUGCUGCUUGGAGAGGCUGGAGGAGCCCGGGGGCAAGCGCCCCUCCAACACGGGAGCCAGGCUGUGGGGCCGCGUGCGCAGCAAGCUGCUCAGGCAGAAGCUGGACCCGCAGGCCGUGCCGACCAAGAACUGGCACAUGGACGUGAUUGAGAUGAAUGGGAUCAAGGUGGAGUUCUCCAUGAAGUUCACGAGCCGGGACAUGAGCCUGAAGAGGACCCCGUCCAAAAAGCAGACCGGCGUCUUUGGGGUGAAAAUUAGCGUUGUGACAAAGCGGGAGCGCUCCAAGGUGCCGUACAUUGUGCGGCAGUGCAUCGAGGAGGUGGAGAAGAGAGGCAUCGAGGAGGUCGGCAUCUACCGGAUCUCGGGGGUUGCCACGGACAUCCAGGCGCUGAAGGCAGCCUUCGAUGCAAAUAACAAGGACGUCCUGGUGAUGUUGAGCGACAUGGACAUCAACGCCAUUGCAGGCACCCUGAAGCUGUACUUCCGCGAGCUCCCCGAGCCCCUCCUUACCGACCGGCUGUACCCUGCUUUCAUGGAGGGGAUAGCGCUCUCGGAUCCUGCCGCCAAGGAGAACUGCAUGAUGCACCUUCUCCGGUCGCUGCCCGACCCCAACCUCAUCACUUUCCUCUUCCUGCUGGAACACUUGAAAAGGGUUGCCGAAAAGGAGCCCAUCAACAAAAUGUCCCUCCACAACCUGGCCACGGUCUUUGGCCCAACACUGCUGAGACCCUCCGAGGUGGAGAGCAAAGGACACCUCACCUUGGCCUCCGACAUCUGGUCCCACGACGUUAUGGCACAGGUCCAGGUUCUCCUUUACUACUUGCAGCACCCUCCCAUCUCUUUCGCUGAGCUGAAACGCAACACACUCUACUUCUCCACAGACGUGUAGCCUACGCUGAGAAGGCACCAGCCGCACACAAAGCCAGCCUCUCGGAGCGUGGGGUACAGCACAGACUAGCCUCUCCCCUGCGGGGAGAUGGGCACUUCCCCAGGGCAGUGCCCCCUGGCCCUGGCCCUGCACACCCUCUGUCUAGUAGUCGUGUCUUACGUACCUUCGUGGUCAGGAAUUGUUUUAUGUAUAUUCGUUCGACAGAAGAGGUAGUGACUGACAAGGGCUGUGGGCUCCUCGCUUCGUUCAUUUCCUGCCAGGCUCCCGUUCCUUCGAAGGCCGUCGCAACUUUCCUUUCACCCUCUCCAGCUUCAGCCAAGCGUCCCCCCGGCUCGCCCUGCUUGAAGCCUGCAGCAUCGCACCAGUGCCUGUUUGUUUCACCUCGUCCCCUGUGCGUGCAUGUGCAGCGCUGCCUGGCCUCUCCUGCUUCAGAGGCCGAGAAGGGACCAAGGGCUCCCCCUUUCUACCCCUCAAGACAAUAAGCUGCACUUUGCCUUGCUGGCCGUGUGAACAGUGGACUCUGCUCCCUCUUGGAGCAAACCUUUGGCCACAAGAGUGUGGCGGGGGAGGAAGAGAGUUUUUUAAUGUUGUUCCAGGUGCUUUAUGGUUUCGUCCUCUACGGCCCGUGGCCUGUGCUUUCUGCCUGUUUGUUGUGUACUCUGUGGUUAUCCCCCUGCUGUUCUCCUCUGCGGCUGUGUCAUGUUGGGGGUAACCUGCUCUCUGGGGGUGGGGAGGUGCCUUUGGCAGGCUAGUGUGGAAAGAAGAAAGGGCUGUCAUGUUAUACUCCCACUACCACCCUGCCUCCGUCUGGAUGUGCAAACGGACUAGCCUCUAGCCCCUGCUGCGUCUCCAGGGGAUAGUUGGGACGGCUGAGGUUAAGCCAGGUGCUCCCCGAAGCUGGAGUGUUCCAGCGGGGGAAUGCCCCGCAGUACUGCAGCGUGAGGAAGGGGUGACUGUCUCACAUACCUCGUCAAUGCCAAUGCCUUAGCACCGUUCCUGUCCAGCCGAGCGCUGCCGCAAAGGCAUCGGCUAAUGGAGACCAGGCAGCCGCACCGUGUGACAGGGCAGCUAGGCUUCCUUCCCCAGCAUUAACGGGGGGCUCUUCCCUCCGGGAGCUACCCUGCUGAGAACCAGGCGAAGAGGAGGGAGGGAGCCAGGCUCUGCUUUGGUGCCACAUGCAGGCCGGCCCCUUGUAAACACCGCAGGAGGCUGCCAGAGGCUGUAGGACAACAGCUGCUUUUUGUUCCUUCCUGCUCCAAGGUGUAAACAGCUUCUGAGCUGCAGGUGAACUCAAAGGGCAGAGCCUCGUGGAGACGGGGGGCUGGAAGGGGCAAGCCCUGUUGCUUGAGACAGGAGCUGGAUUCUCCCCAUGGCCCCCCCUCGUUCCAUCAGCCUGAGUGAUGAAAGCUAAAGCACAUCCAUUGAUCCAUUCAGCCGGCAUGGGUACAUGCCUUCCGGCUGGGCCAACUCCCCCCAGCUGGCUCCCUCCAGCCCUUGUGGCAAGGCAGCCAUGGCUCUGUCUGCUGGCUGGGACAUGCCCCCCAGACACACACACUUGUAUCUUGUGUUCACUCUUUUGUGAGCUCCUGCUCUCGUAGCUUGAGAGCAUCCCAACCUGCCCCCACCCCCAGAGCCUGCAGAUGGGUGCUGGGACCUGCCAAGGAAACUAACCCUACUUGUUCCCCCCGCUGAGCCUGUUCUUGGGGAGAAAGCCCUGCCCACUCCCCCCACACCCUCUGUGCCAAAUGCCGAUGGACAGCUGGUUUAUUUGGGGUGACCUGGCAUAUCCCUUGUAUCAGCAGCACUGCCUUUAACUGCUGUUCCACGUGCUGAAAGCACCAGGCAUGGCCUAAAGACCAGCUUCAGGGGGGCUGACCACAGCUGCUGGCCCCACAGCACUGAAGCAGCUAAAGCGAGAGGGAAGUCUUGCAAUGCCAGUCUAACGGGCUUACGCUCCAGCCCCCUGCCGCUGGCCUGCUGGCGGAGCAGAAGAGACACGGCGUUGGACACACUGACCAGGGUCGCACUUUGCCCCGGACAAUGGGGCUGAGCUUAGCUCUAACUGCACAAUGGAUCCCUGUGUGUUCUAUGUACCUACAUCUGUCAACCAUGGUGCCAUUGCAAAGGGAGACUAUGGCCCACCCCCACCCCAAGCCAGUUCAAAGGGCUGGAGACCAGCCCCCUCCACAAGCUGUGGCAAUCCCGUGGGCUGUGUUUUCAUUUUCCUACAGCAGGGUGGGAGGUGUCGGACUCUUGUGGCUACAGGUAGAAUAGAACAGUUCAUUAAUAUUUGACUUUCACUAAGUUAAGAUCUAUUUUUUGUUUGUGUUCUGUUUCAACUUCUGUAGAUUAUAAACUUUCAAUGGAUGUAAACCAUGUGAAAAAAUGUUAAUAAAAUGCAAAGCCCUGACGUUUGCACAAAAAG